CAGUUUCACAGCUAUCUGGAUCUCGAUCUCAUUUAUGUCUCUCCCCUAUAACAUUUCUAUUAGACAACAAUCUAUACCAAGUGGGGCGAUUUGUUGACUGUUCCCAUUCCUGUUGACACAAUUCAUAUAAGGUGUUCAGAUAAAGAAAUCGACCUUCGUACUUCUACUCAAUCCAGCUAUUGCGGUAGUGGCCGGGCAAAUAUUGGAUUAGGUUGGAUGCAAUUUAUGAUAUACCGGUAAAUUGGCAAGACAUGUCUGUAGAGGUGGUGAUCAAGAACAGCUGUCAGUCUAUCGGGGAGGGACCACACUGGGAUGACAAGAUAAACAAACUCAUGUACGUAGACAUUCUCAAUAAUGAGAUCCAUAGAUGGAGCCCAGACACCGGAAGUGACGAAAAAAUACAUCUCGGGGACAGCGUUGGUUUUGUUGUUCCGUGCAGGAAAGGUGACUAUGUUGUGGGUCUUGGUCGCUCUCUGUCACGUGUCGACUGGGAUUCCCGAGAAGUAACCAAGCUUCACGAGGUUGACCAAGGAACAAUGAACAGAUUUAAUGACGGAAAGUGUGAUUCCAGAGGACGCGUAUGGGCAGGAACAAUGGGAUACGAAGCAGAACCAGCCAAUCCCGAAAGAGAAAUGGGAUCUUUAUUUCGAUUGGACGUUGAUGGCUCCCUUCACACAUGUGUAAAUAAAAUCAACAUUUCCAAUGGCUUAGCCUGGACAGCUGACAACAAAAUCAUGUAUUACAUUGACUCACUGCCGAGAAAAGUGUACGGAUUUGAUUAUGACAUUGAGAAUGGCAGCAUAAGCAACCAGCGGGUGGUCGUAGACUUUGGAGAAGGAACAAUUCCCACUUUAGGGUACCCGGAUGGGAUGUGUAUUGACACGGAGGACAAAAUAUGGGUGGCUUGUUAUGGUGUCGCCAAGAUUGUCCGUUUUGAUCCGACCACAGGAAAACAAUUGAGAACAGUUGACAUCCCCGCAAAAAGAACCACGUCUUGUUGCUUUGGCGGGGGAAAUCUGGACGAGCUUUACGUGACAAGUGGCGUACAGGGGUCGACUGAGGAAGAAAGGAAGAAAUAUCCUUUGACGGGAUCUGUCUUUCGGGUGACUGGUCUGGGGGUUAGAGGACGUCCUGCCCACGUGUUUGAAGGAUAAACUGCAUAGGAAAAAUUGUUUAACAGAAAAACCUGAGAAUAAAAUCAUUUUAAAAAAUUAUCAAAAA